CUUCCGGGUCACGGCGCGCCAGAGGCACGAAACCGGAAGAGACGGAGGCGAGCGGGCUGCUCUAUUGGAGUUCUGACGCCCAGUCGGACCGGAGCCGAGCCGAGCCGAGCCGGGGCUGCUGCGGACAGCCAGUUAAGUGCGGGACAUCUGGGAAUCAUGCCCCCCAAAUUCAAGCGUCACCUGAACGCCGACGAGCUGGCGGGGUCCGUGAGGAGCGAGCGGAGGAACCUUCUAGAGGAAGACUCGGGUGAAGAGGAGGACUUCUUCCUGAGGGGCCCCAACGAUAAGAUCCGGCAGGUGCAGACGCAGGUGGACGAGGUGAUCGAUGUCAUGCAGGAGAACAUCACGAGGGUCAUUGACCGAGGCGAGCGGCUGGAGGAGCUGCAGGAUAAGUCAGAUGGUCUGUGUGACCAGGCGGCCGCCUUCAGCAGCAGAGCCAGGAAGUUGCGGCGAAGCAUGUGGUGGACCGACUGUCGGAUGAAGGUGGGAGCGGCGCUCGUAGGGAUCAUCCUUUUCCUCGUCAUCGUUGUUGCUCUUGUCCUGCACUACCAGUAGCAGCCGAGCCCCGGAGCGACACCUGGGACCACUCUGAUUGUACCCUUGAAUUGUUCAAUAAAGUCACUGCACUC